AUGUCCCCGCCCGGGGGUCGCCGCUGCCCCCCGGCGCUGCUGGCGCUGCUGCUGGGGCUGGCGGGGAGCCGAGGUGAGGAGGGGGCGCGGGGCGGGGGGCGCCGGCCCGGGCAGCGAGGAUGCGGCGCUGCGGCAGCGCCGGGGCGCGGAGGGGCUCGGGGGGCGCGGAGGGGCUGCCGGCGGCUUCGGGGCCGUUCUCCUCGCUUCUCUCGGCCCGCCGUGCCCAGGGACAGCCGGGCCGAGCCGCGGGGCCGGUUCCCCUUCCUGGGCAGCGCUUGGGCUGCGCCUUCGCCCCGAAGUCGCGACUCCCGCGGCUCUGCUUUAGGAUCCCCAAAAUGCCAAAACCUGACGGUGGGCGAGGGAGGAUCGCUGUGCCUGGUGCCGGAUAAAACCCUGCGGAACUGGAUAAUCAUCCAGUGGAAGAUGGAAAUUUAUCCAACAGCGUGGCAGCAGAUCCUGACGGCCAGCAGGGAUGGAGCUGUCUCCUCUCCCAGAGGUCCUUUCCAUGGGAGAGCGAAAUUCCAGCCGGGAAACUUCUCCCUGUGCAUCUCCCCCGCUCACAGGGCAGACAACGGGGUCUAUAGGGUCGAGUUCCAGAGUUCCUCACGGAUUUCCUCCCGGUGCUUCCGAGUGUCCGUGUGGGAACCCCAAAUCUGCCUCUGCAACGUCAGCAGCCCCGCGGGCUGGAGCGCGGCCCGCGCCCUGCUCACCUGCCCAGAAAUUCCAGACAAUUUUGGCCACUGGAGACCGCUGGUCGUGGCCCUUGCCGAGGGGCUGACGCUGCUCCUCGUCGGUGGCUGCUGCUGGUGGAGGGAGAAGAGGAAGAACUCCCGGGAAGGUUUGUCUGGAAUGUCAGAGCAGGAUCCCAAAUUUGGGGGUUCUGACCCCACGCUGACCCUUGGAACACCAAAAUCCAGGAGUUCCGGAAUCAAAACUUCUCAAGAUAACGGGGGUUACAGGCGCCUGCGCUUCCCAAAUCCUGCCGGCCACCAGCGCCCCUAAAACCCCGGAAUUCCCAUCCCUGUGGAAUUCUUCUCCUGGAAACUCCAGUGGCUGCUGAGAUCCCACCCGAUGGAACAGAAAUUUCCAGAAAUUUGGGAUUUCCCCCCAAGAUUCAAGCCCCGGCUGUGCCUUGGAGCGAAGAUCUGGGGAUGGGAAACUGUGAAGGGAUGGAUUUGGGAUUGGACAGGUGGGAUGGGCGGGGAUGGGAAUUCUGUGGGGGUUUUAGGGCUCGGAAAGUUUGGGAAUCCUUGUCUUUUCUUUUUCUUGGUGCAAAUACUGCUGAGGUGCACAAUGAACCUGUUUAAUUAAU